AGGCGGCCCAGGAGUAAGCGGCGUCCCUUAACGCGCUUGCGCGCUGCGAUUCCCCGUUGGAGAACGGCCGUCGCGCGGAGAUGGAGUCCGCGGUGGAGGAGUUGAUGCCCCGGCUCCUGCCUGUGGGGGACUGUGACUUCGCGGAGGAUUUCGACCCCACCAUGCCCCCGCGGACGCCCUCGGAGUAUUUAAAGCGGGUCCAGAUUGAAGCCGCACGAUGCCCAGAUGUUGUUGUGGCACAGAUAGACCCUAGAAAGUUGAGAAAGAAGCAGACAGUAAAUAUUUCACUUACAGGAUGCCAUCCUGCCCCUGAGGGAUAUUCUCCAACUCUCAAAUGGCAGCAGCAGCAAGUGUCUCAUUUUUCAGCAGUUCGUCAGAGUUUGAAUAAACACAGAAAUCAUUGGAAGGCACAACAUUUGGACAGCAAUGUUACAAUGCCAAAAUCUGAGGAUGAAGAAGGCUGGAAACUCUUUUGUCUGGGUGAAAAGUUAUAUUCAGAAGCAGCUAUUGCAGUAUCUGGUAAUGAAAACCUAGGAAUUGAUUACAUUAAGAUCGGUUUUCCCCCUUUUUUAAGUAUUGUUAGCAGAAUGAAUCAGGCAACAGUAACUAGCGUCCUGGAAUAUCUGAUAAACUGGUUUGGAGAGAGAGAGUUUACUCCAGAACUGGGCAGAUGGCUUUAUGCUUUGUUGGCGUGUCUUGAAAAGCCUUUGUUGCCUGAAGCCCACUCCCUAAUUCGGCAGUUGGCAAGACGAUGCUCUGAAGUCAGAGUAUUAGAGGAGAACAAGAAUGAAGAGAAAGUGUCUGCUCUGAAUUUGCUAAUCUGUUUAGUUAGCAGGUAUUUUGAUCAACGUGACCUGGCUGAUGAGCCCUCCUGAUCCCAGAACUGGGACAUUGAAUGUCUCACAUCACUAUAAAACCAACACCAGCAUUAUUGUUAAACAGCCAGGUGCAAUGCAGCUCAAAAUGUACCUUCUUAGUAGUGAGCUUGAAUGGUGUUGAGCAAAAGACUGCUGGUCUCACUGAAUAAUCCAUGACCUGAAAAAGGUCAGCAGCGAAGUGCCUAACCACUCUCUCUAUAAGCCUGUUUCUCUGCAAAAACAAGUGGUCUUUAAAGCAGUAAGCAAAUUGAGCUGUUGUAAGUACCCAAGGGUAGUUAAUCCUGCAAAAUUACUUCUGGAGAGUAAGCCCUUUUGUUGAAAUUGAAUUACUCAUGUGAAUAAAGAUUUGCAAGACUGGGACCCAAGCUUUUUACAAAUGAAAGCUCGAGGCAGUGAGAAACCUCUUUCAUGAACCCAUCUAAAGAAUCAGAUAUUAAAUGGUUUUGUAAAACUUUACAAUAAAAUUUUCAAAAAUG